AUGCUAGCUGAAUUGAAGGUGUUGCACACAAUACUGUUAAAAACUGUAGCCGAGUCCCGUACAGAACACUAUGCACGCAGGAAAUCGGUUAUCCGUCUUUCUGUGGUGAUCCUAGCCAAAGAUCCGAAUUUCCUCAAUAGCAUGGUUGAGAUGCGUUUUCGACUGAAGAAAUUCUUUGUAAUGCUGCCCUCGCUUUCUGAACUGAUAUACUGGACCGGGUUAACUUUAUUUGAGCUAUGGUUGCAUGCUACUUCGCUCUUCGUCUUCCUAGUCAUACUUCCUCUCAAAAUCCAUCACAUUUAUGUUAUGUCUUAUUGGAUGGUGUUCUCUCCGCUUUUUAUUGCUAGCACAUUCAACUCCUACUUUGUUUUCAUCAUAUUUGUGCGGUCUGUUUUUGAGUACAAAGAUUUCAAGGGACCCGCUCUCAAAUUCGGAUUCAACAUGAUGCGACUUGCCUUGAUAGCUCUUUUCGAGGUACUUCUUUGCUACAAAAUAGAGGGAGAUUUUGAACAUGGGCAAGUGGCAGUACGAUCAUCUUAUGGUGUUGUCUUUACUCCAAUUUGGAUACUUUUUCUUGCGUUAUGUAUCCAGACAUGCAGACUAUUUUAG